AACUAUAUGCAAAGUGGUACUUGCUACAAAGAGUUUAAUAAUUAUCUUACGUACACCAGGCCAGCCGCAGCGCCACGAUGAACGGUAAAACAACGAAUACACAUAGUUCAUGGCUUUCUAGUUUUACCUUUCAGAAAUACUCUCCCAUCGUUACUCCAACACUACCGAUUCUUCGUUUUAGCACUAAUAACGUAUAAUUAAAUAACAGACAUGUAUUUUUUAUUAUCUAAUAAAACGUUAAAUAUAAUCCUGUCAUUAUGGGCAACCAUAUUAGAUUUCGUACUUGGUAAAUACAUAUAGUUUUUUCAAAGUUUCGUUUCAUUUGAUGAUGCUUUUUACUGUAUUUUAUGAAUUCUGUUUAAAUUUUUGAUAAAAGAUUUUGUCUAUAUCUACAAAAACGUAAUAAUGUCUAACAUGUUUAAUAGAAAUAUUUGUAUUUAGUUGGUAGGCAACACACUAAACGAAAAUUGUGUCAAAUUGGAUUACGUUAAUAUAAAAUGUAUGAUUACCUAUUGAAUUCAUUAUUUUAUUAAAACUAUGAAAAUAAUGUUGAUGCUACUAUGCAUUAUUAAAAUUUUAUACCGGGUGGGCAACUAGGUAUACUCUAUUUAUCCAAGAAAUAUAGUAAGAAUAUAUUCACGCAUAUUGCACGUGAUCAGACUUAUAAACGGCUGGUAACAGGACCGCAUUAAGGAAAUAAUUUUUGGUUCGAUACACAAUUAUUAUUACAUUAGUAUACGAUGUAAAUGUGAAUUUCCGUUUUGGUGAACCAGUCUAAUAGAUAUUUGAAGAAAAAUUAUCGUCGCUUACACAUUUUUUAAGAUAUAUCUACAUGAGAUUUUCGCUAAUUUAAGUUAAAUUCGGUAAAAGAAAUCACAAUAUCUAAAAUAUAUGAAACAACGCCCUCUAGCAACCAAGUUGAUAAUUACUUUACUUAAAUUUUAUAUAUUUUGUAUUGGUUGACAAAAUCUCUUUCAAAAAACAUUAAAUUUAUAAAAAUCAGUUAGGCAGAACCGGAUUCACAGGCUUUUUUAUUCAUAACGAAGUUCCCACUCUUAUUUUGAAAGGUAGACUUUUAUUUUAGACGUUUAAUGUAUAUAAAGUGCCGUUUAAAAAGGCUCUCGCGUCUACCAAACUAGUCAUAUUGAGAUUAAAAUUUAUUGAUUUUUAUUUCACUUGUAUUUAUACUUAAAAGUUGCUAAAAAAAAACGUUAACAUUUUAUUUGAAAUGAAUAGUCGCUCAUUUGAUUUUUUAAAACAGCCAAUCAACUUCGAGUAUGCUACACAUACACUUAGUAUAUUAUUCAGAGAUGUUUUCUUUAUGUAUAUGAAUAACAAUCAGUCUGUAAGGGCAUCAGUUAUUAUAAUAGUUUGUUACAGUGAAAUAUAUUUAGUUUGUGAGUGUAAAAUUGAGUCAAAAUAAAAAAAAACUGUAAAAAAAUGUUGUUAAAUAUCGCGAGCUUUCCUCCAGUGACAGAAAAACUUUGUUUCGCGACGAUAGAAGAGAUAUGACGAAGGCCAUUCCCAGUUAAAUACCCGCUACAGUUUCGAUUAUUUUGUAUAGGCAACCCAACAUACAUACAUGUAAAAAUGUUUGCAUAAUAUACAUUUCUUAGGUCUUAAGUUAAAGAUAUAUAACAAUUACAUUUCUUGUUUAUAUGAAACAAAUUAUAUCAAAUCAGAUAAAGUUUGUGGUAAUUGUAUUAAAAUGACGAAUAAUUAUUAUUCAAUAACAGAUUUCGGUUUAAAAACGUUAUACAGUCAACAUAAACCGCGAUGACUUUCUCUUUAGUUUUCAUAAUUGAUAAAAGCAAUUUUUUUUUCACAAAAAUGAUUGCGAAAUACUUGGAAUCGAACACCAUUACCUUUGCAGUGUUCAGCAGAGAAAGUAAUAUUUCGAUCGAACUCAAUGUAGACAUGGUACACGUAUUGAUAUGAAAAACGUGAAUAACAAAAAUAACAAACCGAAAACCAGUUAGGUAUAUAUAUAAUAAACUGAAUAUCGACAAAAAUAGUGUUAUUUUAAUUAUUGUUAACAUCCAUUAAGUUGAUCAAUAACGUUGACGUAUUUAAAUGCAAAGUUCCCUCCUUAAUGAAAAAAAAAAUAUUAAAUAUUCUUGAAAUUUUUAUCGUUCGUUAUUUGUGGUUUUGCUUCGAAAACAUAUAGUGAUCACAUCUGCUUAAAUAAACAUGUCUGCUGAAAUUGGUUAUAAGAAACUCCUACCUGAACGUAAGUUUUUAUCUUUUUUAUUUCUGAAUAAAUUCAAAUACCAAAAAAAAUUCUUUGUUGUAAUAAAAAUAUUAAAAGAACUAUAAGAAUAAAAAAAAAUUAUUUCGUCGUUGAGGUUAACUAAGAAGUAGUAAAUUCGAUAAAUUUAUGAAUAGAUUUAUACAGUAUGUCCACAGUUGGUACAAUAAAACAGUUUUUUAUAUGAAAAUAUUUUUUCUGUAGUUUCCAAAACUCAAUCGGUUUUAAAUUUAAUUUUGAAUACACGAUUUUAUUACUAAAAAAUAAUUUAAGCAGUAUACGAGGGUGAGACAAUAUUUAGUGCUUGUGAAACAACUUUGGGAUAAAGAAAAAAUUUCAUAUGCAAACCAAUAACUACACUGUACUAUACCCGAAACAUUUGUAUCUAAAUAAUUACGAUAUGAUAUUUAUUUUUUAGUUAAUUGAUUACAGAGGUUACAUAAGUUGAAUUUACCAACUUCUCAUACUGAUAUUAGAUUAAAUACAAACAUUACAAGAAUAUUUUUGUGCUGGAAAACACACUGUAUAAUUUUAAAAUUCAUUUCUCGUUUUCGUGAUAACAGAAAUCUGUCUGAUAAACGAAUCGUUCAAGUGGACGAUUUUAAUGUUAUAAAAUAUUUAUAAUAAUAUCAGUUUUAGUAUGAUAUUACUAUUUCGAAGUUAAACGAUCAUAGUUGUAAAUAUGGCUGAAAUUAUUUAUGUACCGAUGGCCCCUGAACGUGAGUUUUAUUUUGCAUAAAUUAUUUUCAUUAUUCAUAUUAAUUGUUGAUAUAAAUUCUCUGCAAGGUUAUAUGUUUAGUUAUAAUUGGGUAUUAUAUCUAACCUUUUUUAACAAAUUUAAUAAAAUUAAUAAUUAUAUAGGGUCAUUAUUCCUUGUUUUACGAAAACUUUAACCUACAACACCUUAGGAAUAAAAAGUUUAAUCAAAUUCUUGAAAGGAGAACGAUAAAAAAUUUAUAACCUGGGAAGUAUUUUAAAAUUCGUCUCCAUCUAUAUAUUUUCUCACUAUUUCAAAAAAUCUCCGUUUAUUAUUUUCCAGAGAAAUCAAUUUUUCAUGAGUUUAAAAAUAUUCUCUUAAACUUUAUCUUUACCUCAAUACGACCCUGUACAAUAUUGUAAAAUACGCGCGUUUUUAGGGCGGUGCUUCUGAUCGGCCAUAUUUCGUUCUUCUUUCCGGAAAUAACGAUCUAAAUCAAGUAGAUCAACUGAUUACAAAUACUAAUCACUCAGUUUCAUGCUUUAUUUAACCGUUUAUGGGUGUUUUUAUGUCUUAAUUCAAUUAUAUGUAUAAUAGAUUCCAAUGUUAUAAUGAUUAGUAUUCUUUUUUAAAGAAAAUAUAACUUGAUAUUUCCAAAAAAUUUGUUUGUAUUUACAACUUCGGCUACUUCGGUUUCCGAAUGACAGUUAUCGGAAAUCGAGUUAACCGGAUCAUAAUGUCAGAAGAUUAUUUAUCGGAAUAAUUUUUUACAUGGAAAGUAUUGGGUAAUCAAAAAAUUAUUCUAAAACGAAAAUUACAACCAAUGGCGUAGACUUUGAGAAAAGAUCCAUUACUUUCGUACGCUUCAGGAUGUAACAUUUAAACGUUUUAGUUAAAUCUUUAACCUUAAUCAAGGUUAAUACAAUAAAUCUGAAGUUAAUUUGUUAAUAAUAAUAUUGUGUCUUCAUUAAUUUUGACUACAAUUAUUUUGACAAUGAAUUUAACAUACGGAAUCCUUUUUGAACGUCGAUUGAAAUGAUUUGCAUACAAUAGUAUUUAAAAGGGUAUCGAAAUGGAUUUGUACUGUUGUACACGUUAUUCAACAGAUAAUAGCUUCUCAUUGUGACAGUGUUUUUAAGGUUAAAAAUUAAUAUAUUUUUCGAAAUGUUUCGAUCUGAAAAAGAAAAAAAGAAAAUUGAGUAUAUCAUGCCCAUUGAAUUGGGCUCAAGGGAUAUACCAGAAUCUCUUGCUCCAAGUCUGCUUUCCGUUAUGGAAAAGCUCCCCACGGUAAAAUUGGGGGAUUACGUGCUGCAAUUCGAAAUAGACGAAUUAAGACCGGAAGUACAAGAAAUCGCUAGGAAAGAACUGAAUGAAAAUCCGGACACUAAAAGGGAAGCUAUAGCAGCACUACGAGAUCUUUUAAAAGAGGAAAAAGACCUUAAAGUACCAUUAGAUAACGACCUUUGGUUAGUGAGAUUUUUGAGACCAUGUAAAUUCUAUCCUGAAAGCGCCCGUGAUUUGAUUAAAAGAUAUUAUAAAUUUAAAGUAACGCACGCCGAUGUUUACGACGGUUUGAUGCCCAGUAAAGAGAAGAAUAUUUUCGAACAAAAUAUUUUAACAGUACAACCGAAUAGAGAUCAAUUCGGUAGAAGAAUUUUAAUUAUAGAAUUAGGAAAAAAAUGGAAAACGGAUGAAGUGACAUUAGACGAAGUAUACAAAGGUUGUGUGUUGUUCCUCGAAGCGGCCAUGUUGGAACCGGAAACACAAGUAUGCGGCGCCAUUGUUAUUUUCGAUAUGCUCGGUUUGACUUUAUCACAAACGACUAAAUUCACACCCGGAUUCGCCAAAAGAAUCGUCGAUUGGCUUCAGGACAGCAUGCCUUUAAGGUUAAAAAAUAUCCACAUCGUGAAUCAACCUUAUAUUUUCAAAAUAGUUUUCGCAUUUUUCAAACCUUUCCUUAGGGAAAAAUUGAGAAGCCGUAUCAUCUUCCACGGUACGGAUCGCAAAUCGUUACAGCAAUACAUAAGCCCUAAAUGCUUGCCUGAAUGUUACGGGGGUACUUUAGAUUUACCAAGAAUAAACGGUAACCAAUGGUACGAACUGUUGGUUAUGUGCGAUCAAGAAUACACAGGUAAGUACUUCAGUUUAAUCGUUAAUAUCAAGAAAAAAAAUUAUUAAUUGUACUUUCAGCGAUCAAUUCAUAUGGUUAUAACAAAAAGGGCGAAUUGUAAAUCGAAAUAGAAGAAGAGAAGCCAUCCAUCUUGCUAUAACACCUACUGUCGAUUAUUCGUUAUAAAUUUUUUUGUAAAAAUGUUGCCAGUUUUUGAUAUGGUUAGAUCUAAAUAUUUGUUUCAAUGUUAUACAAUUUUAAAUUAAUGAACACACUAUUUAUCCUGAUAAAAAAAAGUUUUUCCCUUGCCCAGGGAAAGUUAAAUCCUACUGGAAAAUGUUCCUGAUACUCCAAACUGUUUAUUAUAUCAAUUUUUGAACAAAUUUUUUUGUUCUUCUAUUAUCCGAGUCCUUGCGUCGGUUCAGCUCGGUUCUUAUUAGCUUUUCAUGACUUUCCUGGUUAAUAAUUAGUAUUAGAUAUGUUCAUUGCCCUCUUAACAAGCGAAAUUAACUUUUCGAUUUCGCUUUUGGUACUAAAAAUUUUAGAAAUUGGUAUCUAUUUCUUCAGUUUUUUAUCUGAUCAUCUCACAUUUUCAGUAGUACAAGCACCAGAAUCAGAUCCUGGUGUUGUCCUACAACUUCUAUCUUCAUUUGGUGCUGCUUCUUUAUUGUUUCAUAAAAGCUUCCAGUUAUUGGAAAGAAACGGUUUUUACCAAUUCUAUCAUUUGUUAAACGGUUUCUUUUCUUAUUGUGAACCUAGCUGUAGGUAGUAAAGGAUCUUUCUAUCGCCGCGGAGCUUGCAGGAUAAUAAAAGAAGUGCAACAUCUCUGCCUAACCGCACUUUGAGAUCAUGGUAAACGUCAGAUGUUUGGGGUAUUCAAAUAUGUCCGAUUGUGAUUAGAGUCUGAUAAAGUAAAAAAUUUUGGAGGAUACUAACUUUUUGCACCCUUUUUUCUUGACAAAAACCCGGUUUUAUGUAUUUUUCUUCGAGGAAAGAACCUACAGCACACCACUAAUACAGUACAAGAAAUUUUCCAACUUUCCUUUCCCUUUUACUUGUAGAAUAAGUUGCAUUUAUUGUUAAUUGAAUAUUUCAUCGUUAAAACUAUUUUAUUGGUUCUAUUUAGCUCAAUAACCUAUGAAAAUCUUUAAUCGAGGAAAUAAUUAGGUGCUCAACAUUUUUGUUGUGUUUAUAAGAGAAUUUUGAAAGGUUUUAUACAAUUUUUUAUAGGUAAUUAAAAGAAGUGGUGUUAGCUUUUGUUUUUAGUAAAAUUUCCAUUAAAUAAUCAGAAAUUUAUUAGGUUUACACACAUUUUUUCUUCAAGUAUUACUGCCCAAGAAUUCUGUGUGAUAGCUUACAUCACUCCUAUUGUUAUUGUUUGUACAGUAAAAUAAAAUUUUAUUAUAGUAUUGUUUAUAUAAAUAUAUAAAAUUGGCAUUAAAAUUUGAUAAUUAA